CGCCUUAGUUAGUAGCGUAACUUUAUUCAAAGUUCAAACGAAUUUUUCUCUUCUAUAAUUGCCAUCUUUAUAAUCGAGACAAUUCUUAAUCAAUCGUAAUAAUUGGUAAAUUACAAGGAUAACCGAUAAUUGCUGUAAUAAUAUAACCAGUACUGUUGGUACGGAUGAUCACUGAUAAUCUGCUGCGGAACAGUUUUUCUUCAGUAUCCUGUAAAUUUCCUCAGUAACAUAUUCUAGAUUCUCCCUCAGAAGAAUCUUCCUUCCUUCAUCAGUUUUUAUUAGCAUCAGGAUUUUGGGAAAUGCAUGUUUUUUAAUGGUACUACAUGGAACAUUACCAAUAGCAACUCUUAAAGUGUAUGAGACAACAGUGAAUUAUUGUAUGCGUAUUUAACAAAUUUAAACAAGUAAAAUUUGUUUUGAAUAUAAGAUUCAUACAUCAGCAGUGACAUCUGGUUGUAGUCCUUCAAGAUAUUGUACUUAAUUUUUAACAUAUUUAUUUGGUAAUUAUUUGUAAACAAUUUUAUGUUGGAGUUGUGAAUUGAACACAUUGUCAUUACAGAGCAGGACAGGACAUAAAGCUAAAAUGAAUCCAGGACAUUCUUUAGAAUUUCCUUUGAAAAGUGAAACUAAAGGUGCAUUAUCACUAACUUCCAUAAAUCAAGAAAUUAGCAACAUGGCUGCCUUUAGUGGAACCAGUGAUGGAGGCUUUUUGUCUCAGGAUCCAUUGAUGGACAUCAAAAUAGAGUCAGAGGAAUUCUAUGAGUCUAAUGAAGAUGAUGAAUAUUCAUAUGAAAUGAAUUCAACAGUGAAUGAAAAACAUCCACAAACUUGCAAAAAGGAAGUAAAACAAGAAAGAAGGAUCUGUGACAAUGGAGAGAAGCCUUUCGUAUCCACUGACUGUGAGAAAGCAUUUUACAAAAAAAUUAAUCUUACAAAUGAUAUCACAAAUCCUACCAGAGAGAAAUUCAUGUGCAAUGACUGUGGGAAAGCAUUUUCCUGGAAACAUCAUCUUAUAGUUCAUAUGAGAAUCCAUACAGGAGAGAAGCCAUUCAUUUGCAAGGAAUGUGGGAAAGAAUAUGCCCACAAACAAUAUCUUACAAGGCAUAUGAAAAUCCAUACUGGAGAGAAGCCAUUUAUGUGCAAAGAAUGUGGGAAAGCAUUUUCCCACAAACAACAUCUUACAGGGCAUAUGAAAAUCCAUACUGGAGAGAAGCCAUUUAUGUGCAAAGAAUGUGGGAAAGCAUUUUCCCGCAAACUACAUCUUACAGGGCAUAUGAAAAUCCAUACUGGAGAGAAGCCAUAUAUGUGCAAAGAAUGUGGGAAAGCAUUUUCCCACAAACAAAAUUUUACAAGUCAUAUGAGAUUGCAUGCUGGAGAGAAGCCGUAUAUGUGCAAUGAAUGUGGGAAAGCAUUUUCCCAGAAACCAAGUCUUACAAGUCAUAUGAGAUUGCAUACUGGAGAGAAGCCAUAUAUGUGCAAUGAAUGUGGGAAAGCAUUUUCCCAGAAACCAAGUCUUACAUAUCAUAUGAAAAUGCAUACUGGAGAGAAACCAUAUAUGUGCAAGGAAUGUGGGAAAGCAUUUUCCCACAAACCAAAUCUUACAAGUCAUAUGAGAUUUCAUACAGGAGAGAAGUCAUAUAUGUGCAACGAAUGUGGGAAAGCAUUUUUCCACAAACAAAAUCUUACAAUUCAUAUGAGAACCCAUACUGGAGAUAAGCCAUUCACGUGCAAGGAAUGUGGGAAAGCAUUUUCCCAGAAAUCAAAUCUUACAAUUCAUAUGAAAUUGCAUACUGGAGAGAAGCCAUAUAUGUGCAAUGAAUGUGGGAAAGCAUUUUCCCAGAAACCAAAUCUUACAAGACAUAUGAGAAUCCAUACCGGAGAGAAGCCAUUCAUGUGCAAGGAAUGUGAUAAAUCAUUUUCCCACGAAUCAAGUCUUACACAUCAUAUGAAGUUGCAUACUGGAGAGGAAAAAGAAACAACAUGAUAAAAUAAACCAGUUAAGUGCAGGGAUCUCUCAAAUGACGAACUAUACGAGAGAUCAAAAUCACUCAUAAAAUCUGCUGAAGAAAAUAAGGAAAAUAAAGAAAAAUACAGAAUAGGGGAUGAACAAAUGAGUGGAAAACUGGCAGAUCAACAAGCCAAUAUAAAGGCCCUAGCUUCACAAAUAGGAAAAAAACAACAAUGUAAAACAGAUAAAAAGGCAGUUUGGUGAAAAUCCAAAGAUUGUGUAUAGAAAGAUGACGAAAGAAACAGUGUAGGUACGAACACCACCGAGCAAGGAAUACCUAGAGAAAUUUUGGAAGCCACUGUUUGAAGAACCUAGACAACACCAAGAGAAUUCAUGGAUUGACACCAUUAGGCAGAAGAACAGCCAGAAACAGCAAAUGCCACAAAUAAGGUUCACCAUCGAAAAAGCAACAAAGAAAAUAAAAGAAUAUAAUAAUUUCAAGAUAACAAUAAUAGGCAAGAUCCCAGACUGAGCUCCCUAAAAGCUCAGAGACUGAGCUCCCUAACAAAUAUAUGGCCAUCUGCUGCCUUCCAACAACCUACAAAUGGCUCACAGGAGUCAUAGCAGACAAGGUCUGUAAACAUCUCGAUCAAGGUAAAUAUAUGGAAAAAGAACUAAAGAGAUUUACAAGAAACAAACUAGGCACUAAAGAUCAACUGCUAAUAAACAAAAUAAUAUUAGAAGAUUGUAAGAAAAGACAAAGGAAUCUUAAUAUGGCUUGGAUAGAUUACAAGAAGGCAUUUGACACCGUACCGUGCACCUGGAUAUUCAAAUAUAUGGAAUUAGACAACAUCAAUGAGGAAAUAAGAUUUUUCUUGGCAGCACAGAUGAGUAAGUGGAAGACCACUCUCUGUCUAAAACACUCUGAGGACCAGAUAGUAAUUCCAGACGUAAAGAUCCAAAGAGGAAUAUUCCAGGGUGACAGCCUUUCACGACUUCUAUUCUGCUUGAUAGAUCUCCUUAGUAAAAUCUUGAACAACAUUAACACUGGCUGUGACCUAAGCAAAAGCAGAAGUAGAAAAGAGAAUAAAAGAGUGAACCACCUGCUCUUCAUGGAUAACCUGAAGUUGUUUGCAGACUCAGAAAAAAAAUUGGAAGAACAGGUUAGGACAGUCCACCAAUUUUCAAAUGACACCUGCAUGGAAUUUGGGUUGGACAAGAGUGCCACGAGUACAAUAAAGAGAGGGAAGAGAUUAACAUCAGAAGGUAUAAAGGUAGAGGAAGGCAUAUCUGUUGAAGACCAGGCAGAGGAGUACUUGGGAAUAGAAGAAAACACUGGUAUAGAACACAAGAAAGUGAGAGAAAAGAUAAAGAAAGAAUACAUCAGCCACUUAAAGAAUUAACACCAAAGAACAAGAUCACUGUCAUAAACCAGCUGGCAAUACCAUUGGUGACGUGUGGUUUUGGCAUUAUAGACUGGCCACAAGGUGAGUUAGACAGGAUGGAUAUUAAAAGAUUCUCACCCUACAUUAAGUCACAUACAGACACCAGUGUAUGGACAUAAUAUACCUCCCUCACAGAGAAGGUGGAUUAGGCCUGGCUGAGAUCAAUCAGGCCUACAGAGCAGCAAUAAUAUGUCAAGGGUAGUACUUAAAAAGCUCUGAGGAUGAAAACA